CCCUCUGGAACCAACCUGCAACCACCGCAGAGCACGCCAUCGAUCGAAUCGAGCGAACCGAAGCCAAGAAGAGUUUCCUCGUUGCUAGCGCCGCUAAGUAGACGUCGACGGCGAUGGGCAAGAUGAAGAUGCCGGCCCUGUUCCGCCGCCGCUCCUCCUCCAAGUCGCGCUCCGCGUCGCCGCCGACGACUCCUCCCCGGGAGGAGCAGCAGGAGGAGAGCCGGCAGGCCAUCGGGUCCCCGGCGCGGUCGGCGGAGGAGGAGAUGGAGCGGGUCUUCCGCAAGUUCGACGCCAACGGCGACGGCCGGAUCUCGCGGCCGGAGCUGGCCGCCCUCUUCGAGAGCCUGGGCCACGCGGCCACCGAGGACGAGCUGACCCGCAUGAUGUUCGAGGCGGACGCGGACGGCGACGGCUUCAUCAGCCUGGAGGAGUUCGCGGCGCUCAACGCCACGGCGCCCGGCGACGACGAGGAGGACCUGCGGCUCGCCUUCAAGGUGUUCGACGCGGACGGCAGCGGCGACAUCUCGGCCGCGGAGCUGGCGCACGUGCUCCACGGCCUCGGCGAGAAGGCCACGGUCCAGCAGUGCCGGCGCAUGAUCGAGGGCGUCGACAAGAACGGCGACGGCCUCAUCUCCUUCGACGAGUUCAAGGUCAUGAUGGCCGCCGGCUUCGCUGCCAAGAUGGCCUGAUCCGUCCUCCCUCUUCUUGGAUUCAAUCCGUUGUCGUCCGCGGACAGAUUGAUUUCGUCCACGCCUUCCUCGCUCCUUCCUCUCGCGUGCGGUGCAGAUUAAGUGGGAAUUAAGUGUACAUAAUUCAAGGAUUAAAGGGCGGGCAUUAGAGCGUACGUGCGUUAGUAGAUUCUUUGUUUCUUUGUCUUCUUGGUGGUGCCGAGUACGUAAUAACCAGAAAUCUCUCGCGAAUAAUUGUCUCGCGAUUAUCUAAAGAUCUGAGAUAUAAUGGAAUUGGUGAGGUUGCCGGUUAA